CUGUACGUUUGUAUGUCCAUAUUAAAUGUGCUCGCGUUCCGUGUAACUUAUCUCUCUGAUUGACUUGCUGGGAUUGUUUUCGUUAUCUUAAUUAAACGUGUUUGAUCUUUUUGAUAGUGCGGCCGAAGUUAUUUCGAUUGUGGAUAAUAUAAAGAUACAUGGUAAAACCAUUUGUUUUUAAAAAAAUUAAACAUACAUAAACUAGAAUGUGUUGAAGUGAAAAAUGUUAUAAAACGGAAACAUAAUUUUAUGACAGUACAUAAUGCGUAUUUUAAGUGCAUUUUUAAAGAGAACUCUUUAUACCAAUGUGUUUCCUAUAUUAAUUAUAGCAUGUUUGUUUCUUAUGUUAUUUUACGGCUCUCAAGAAACUAAGACAAAUAAUUUUAAAAGCGAAUCAUUAUAUAUUGAUUCGGUUGAUGAAAUUAUCGAUCCUAAAUUUCAUACUGAUCUUGUGACAUUAUACUACCAACGACGAAAGACCUGGUCGACAUCAAAUUUAGGAUCAUAUUUAUAUAAAAAUUAUCCAAUCGAUGCCAUAUCUCCUGCAGGUUCUCAACGGAAUACGACUUUUUUAGUUCUUAUAUGGAAACACUGGGAAUGGCUUAAAAAUCGUCAUAUUUACAGUUUUGAUAAAAAUCGGCCACUUGAUCCGUUAGAAGAUUGCAGCGUAAAAAACUGUAAAUUUACAGGCGACGAUGAGAAGUUGUUAUUAGCCGACGCUGUAAUAGUCCACGUACUAAAGGGUCUGUUUCCAAAUACGACAACAAGAAAUUUAACUCAAAGGUGGAUCUUUUUGAAUGAUGAGUCUCCACAAAACGCAUUUUACGCUGCGGUUAAUAAACCUAAAUUAAAAGACCUAUCAAAUAUGUUCAAUUGGUCAAUGACUUACAGGAGCGAUUCCGACGUGCCUGUUCCUUACGGCCGAACGGUACCCUUGAAAAAAGCGGUUCUGAAUCAAAUAACAUAUGAAUCUCUGGCAUCAUUGGUUCCGUACUGGGAAAAUAAACGCAAGGACGUGUUAGCUUCUAUCCUUAUGUCCCACUGUGGGGUGCCCCGUAGAACAGAAUAUUUACAGAAAUUACAGGAAUAUUUGACCGUUGAUGUUUAUGGAAAAUGUUCUAAGAAUAACAAAAAUAGCUGUCCUGGUCACUUUCGGUCUGACUGUAAUCUUGUAUCGAAAUAUCUUUUUUACUUAGUGUUCGAAAACACACAGUGUCACGAGUACAUGACAGAAAAAUUAUUUUACAAUGCUUAUAGCAAAGGUGCUAUACCUGUCAUUAUGGGGCCUUCCAUAGACUGCUGUGAGGGGCUUCUACCGCCUGAUUCGUUUUUACACAUCGACAAUUAUGAUAAUCCGCAACAAUUAGCGGAGCAUAUGGUUGAAAUAAGUGAAGAUCUUAAAAAAAUUCUAAGAUUUCAUCGAUGGAGAAAUGACUUUGAGGUAAAAAAUGAGCAUGGAUAUUUUGGAACUAGAUCGUAUCAUUUAUGUAGAAUAUGCGAAGCUUUGAAUUACAACGACAAAGCAGUGAAAUAUUACGACGAAGAAGAUCUAAGGAUAUUUUUUGAUCCAACCUUGUCUUGUCGCUAAUUCUGAAUGUCAAUAUUUUUAUUAAUUAUGUUCAGUAAAAUGUCUUUACAUUUUAAACCACCUUAGUAUUAGUUGAAGGACGUCUGGUGAAAACUAUUUUAUAUACAGGUAACGUGUUUAACAUGAUUUCAAUUAUAUUAAAGUAAUACGUUUUGUGCAUGUUGUCCUUACCGAUAAAAGAAGAGUAUGAAAUGUUAGGUGACUGUUAUGAAUUAAUUUACGAAUAUAAAACUGUUAUUGUUAUGAGGCAAUAUUUAAAAACAAUAAAUUGAACUUCCUCUUGAAUAAUACCUUCAUUUAAUUGUGUUUGGAUAAUGAUAACGGAUAUAUAAUAAUAAGAGGAAACUGGAGUGAUUUAAGUGAUUGUUUAGUAGUAAUUAAAAAACCUUAUUGAGUAGAGAGAGAGAGAAAGGGCUAAUGGAGAUUUCCCUAUCAUUACUUUUUAUAAAAAAUUCAUUUAACCAGGUUGCUUUUCAGAGGCUUGUACAGUCUUCACUUUUAAAUUUCGCCAGAUUCUUUGAUUUUCGCACACUGUAAGUAUUUCGAGGCAAUUUCGUCACAAAAGAAAACACAUUACUUUUCAUAACCUCUACCUAGAGGUUAUGAAAAGUAAAUGUAUACCUAUACCUAUGUAUAACGAGUAUUUUUUUUUGAGUUCUAAUAGACUAUUGUUAUAAAAUUGCUGAAACUACAAUUAUAAGGAAAGGCCUACAUCUUAUUAAAAUUUACUUUACGGCUAAGAUGAGAAUCUUAGGAAAUAAAUGUUCUUCUGGUAAUAUACGUUAAAGUUCCGUUGUUUUUACUAGAUUGUUAUUUCUAAAGCGAUAUAUAAGCUGCACUUAAAUGACGGACGGUCGUUUAAGAUUUUGGCACCAAUAUAACUAACCGAAUUAUAAAAACGAAGUUUGUGUUCUCUAAAUCAGUAAAGUUGUUGCAAACAACAUUAAAUGUAUCUUGUCUUGUAGCUCUUUUUUAAGUAUUUACAAAUAUGUUGUAGUUGAAACGCCGAAACUUUAAAAAAUGAUAAUACAAAAAAAUUGUGAAAAUAAAAAUCAAUACGAAUCCUAGUAUUUUGAUUUGUGUGAAAGUAUUUUGGGACCAUUGUUGUUAUCAUCUUUGACUUUCAACAAAAUAUAUCCUAUCAAUAUCACUGAGAGGGCUUUAUAAGGCCAUUCGUACAAACUUCUAUAAAGUUGGAAGUUCUUGUUGGAGCGAUUUGCUAAAUUACUGAAGUUCGGAUUGCGGCAAUACCUGUCUUCCUUGUUAUGAAGAAUAACAAAGUUUGUGAUACGCUUAUUGACAUUGCUAGAAUUUGUUAGUGGAAUGUAAUUUUUUUGGCGCUUCAAAUUAAUUGGCUAACUUUGUAAAUUGUGAAUUUUAUCUUAUUACACUGUAAUAUUAUUUCUUUUCUAUGAAUAUUAUCUGUAUUCUCAAGAUUUCCAUAUUUAAUCGUGUUUAUAACACAACAUAUACAAGUUUCUAAUAAUAAAAGUUAAACUUUUAGA